ACUUAUCGAUUAAAGCUUUUGCGCAGAAUUCCCAUUUUAAGGUAACAACAAAGAAAGAACUAAAAACAAUGAGUGGAGCGGACGUAGUGGUGCCGAAUAAUGUUACUGUGCAAUCCUCAGAUUGCUUUGACAUUGUCAAGGUUGCAAGUCUCUUCGAGACAAGUCUCCUGGAGGAGGAUGACGUCCAACUGGAUGCCUACCUGGCAGCCUACGAGGAGAUCAUGAAGUUCUUCCACCUGAUGGGCAGUGUCUUCAGCUUUGUGAGCAGCGAUGUGCGAUCCAAAAUAGACAUCCUCUAUGGCCUGAGGGCCUCGGAUACGGAGGAACUGAAAAACUUCGAGACCUUCAAGACCAUGCUGGAGUACGAGAAGGAGGCCCAGUUGCUAAACCAAAAAGGCUACGUGUCCGGGAGUCGGACGUUGCUGCGUCUGCAUCGUGGAUUGGACUUUGUUUACGAGUUCCUCAAUAGGGUGCAGGCUUUGGUGGACGACCAAAAGACCUCGGACGUGUGCAAAGCGGCAUAUGAUGAAACUCUGGGCAAGCAUCAUUCCUUCCUUAUCCGUAAGGGCGCUCGCCUGGCCAUGUACGCAAUGCCCACGAGAGGGGAGCUGCUGAAGAGAGUCUGUACGGAUAUCCAGAUGGCCACGGAGAAUCUACCAACAAUGCUGGAGCACAUGCGGGCCAACUACGACCGGACGGAACAGCUCUACACCCUUCACGACCUGCACAGCUUGCCUUAAAACGAGUACCUAAAUCCUUAGUUUUUAUGUAGCAAAUUUUUCUGUAUUUAAACGUAACUUAAAGUAUUUGUUUUGUGGCCGCUUAAUGUUUUGUUAUUUUGCAUUCCGGAAUGACCGACUGCCCUGAAUGUCUUAUAAUUUUAAGAUGCAAUGUUUCCAAUCAAAACGUUUUUAAUGUUUUUCCACAAUAUCUCUCGCAAUUUAACACCAUAAAAGCUUUACUCAUGAA